UUUACCAAAAUGGUGUACAUCUAUGUUUUACAAAUAAUUUUCAUUUCUUUCUAAUAUCUGUUCCAUUCACUUAUGAUACAUUCAAUGAAAUGGCAGUGGAAUUGUAGUAAGCUUACUGCUAGCGUUAACAUCUUGUAAAAGGGCAAUCGUAGCUGAUAUUACAUUUGCACCGCGUUUGGUUGUUACAAACGAGUGUAGCGAAAGUUUGAAAGUAGCUGUACGAAAGUGUCUUCCGCGUCUAAUAUCUCGGUGGUUUUUAUUGAUGGACGUGAAUUAUUCUGAGUUAUUACGAGGAUUCCGAGCGCGUUUUCUCACGAUGCGAUCACUGCCAUAUUAGUUACACAACUCUUCGAAAACUCAUAAAACUCAUUGACCUAUUGAAUUACUAUUUUUUUUUUUUGCGUUCCCAUUUUAGAUGACUGGACUCCGUAUCUUUAUGUAAUUACCUUGGGGGUGACCGAAGUUACACAAGGCCUAAUUUCAUUACUGACAAUGUUGAAUGCACAGCGUUGCAGUGAUUACAGAUGAUCUCUGAUGUAGGUUAGUGCGAGCAGAAAGCACUUUCAAAUAGGACAUCUAAAUGUCAGAAGGUGUCCUAGCAUAGCGUUUCAUGCUUUGGCCAGGCAUUUUUAAAGAUGGCCACGUAUCAAGUUGACUAUCAGUGGGCUUAUACCAUAAUGGAUUCAUCUAGAAUAUCCACUUUCCUAAUAUCAAUUUUAUUGAUAGUCUAUGGCAGUUUCCGAUCUCUAAACAUGGAACAGGAAGCUAGAGAAAGAGAAAAAGAAAAGGAACGUGGUAAUUUAUUGACUGGAAUUUUGAGUAACAGCAGCACAGCAAAUGCAGAUGGUGCUAAUGGAAGAGUUCAAACACUAAAUACAAUGCAUGCUCUUUGUCUACCUCUUGGUGCUUCCAUUUCUCUACUCGUCAUGUUUUUCUUUUUUGAUAGCAUGCAAAUGCUUGUAGCAAUCUGUACAGCCAUCGUAGCUGCAGUUGCAUUGGCAUUUCUUCUUUUGCCCAUGUGUCAAUAUAUCAUUAGACCAUGUUCGGAUGGUAAUAAAAUAUCCUUUGGUGUCUGUGGAAGGUUUACUGGUGCAGAAUUACUUUCAUUUUCAUUGAGUGUGAGUAUAGUAUGCAUUUGGGUACUGACUGGGCAUUGGCUACUCAUGGACGCAAUGGGUAUGGGACUAUGUGUAGCAUUCAUUGCAUUUAUUCGAUUACCUAGUCUAAAGGUAUCCACCAUACUCUUAACUGGAUUACUCAUUUACGAUGUCUUCUGGGUUUUCUUUUCAUCUUAUAUAUUCAGCACAAACGUAAUGGUUAAGGUAGCAACUAGACCAGCAGAUAAUCCAGUGAAUCUUGUGGCUAGAAGGUUGCACUUAGGCGGUGUAGCAAGAGAAGCACCAAAACUUCCUUUACCUGGGAAAUUAGUGUUUCCAUCGAUGCAUCAAGCAGGACAUUUUUCAAUGUUAGGUCUUGGCGAUGUCGUUAUGCCAGGCCUGCUGCUUUGCUUCGUUUUACGAUAUGACGCGUACAAAAAGACUCAAUUGUUGCCCGGUGGUUGUGAAACAGGAGUUCCACCGCCACGACACAUCAAUCGCAUUAGUUAUUUUCAUUGUUCACUCAUCGGUUAUUUUCUUGGUUUACUUACUGCUACUGUAAGCUCUGAGGUGUUCAAAGCUGCGCAACCUGCCUUAUUGUACCUUGUGCCCUUUACUUUAUUGCCAUUGCUCACAAUGGCAUAUUUGAAGGGAGAUUUACGUCGAAUGUGGAGUGAACCAUUCAUAUCUCAACAACCUUCCAAACACAUGGAAGUUUGACAACAGUCAUGGGUUUGUGUAUAUUACACAUUAUGGGAGGAAAGCUACUAAUAGAAUCCCAUUGUCACUUAUCAUAACGUCCUUAUUUUUAUCAAUGUCAUUUAAUGUAAGUAAUUUCUUUUUACACGUGCGUCUUUUAAUGCCACAAUGCAAAUUACGAUUUAAUACAUGGGAAACAUAAAGGUAUACUACACUACGACAUUGAUUUAAUAUGACAUUAAAAAUACAAUACAAAUUACGACAAAGUUUUUUUAUUAAAGUGACGGAUAAAGCAAUUUUUGGAAAGCGUAUUUAGAAUACUGUCUAUUAUUAAUAUGUCAUUGGUAUUCAUUUUGUGUCUUAAAUUCGAUGUUGAGUAAAUGAAUGAAUUAUGUAUAACAGAUAAAGUAAAUGGUAAGAUAAUAUACCGUUUACUAAUUACUCUUUCAUGGUUUAGUAAAUACGUAAAAACGUGUUCUGAAAUUCACUUAAAAAAAAACGGAUAGGUAUCUCUUUCUUUUUUUUUAGUUUUACAAUGGCUUUACUAUACAAAUUUUUAAUAUUUCAUAAUACACAAUUUUUGUAUUCCUUCUUUUUUACACUAAACCAAUAACACAUAUACAUAUUAAUAAUUUUGCUAUAACUCUGUUAUAAAUGUGUGUGAUAUUCUCUACGCAGAAAGGUUCUUUUUAAUUUAUUGUUCAAUCAAUAUCAAACUAAUUGUAUGUAACGUGUAGUUAUGGAUAGAGUAAUUUAAUAAUUAUUCGACGAUUUCCAUGAAAAUCUAGUGAACGUAUGUGUGUAGGUUGUGACUUUCUUUUACUUGGAGCUAGCAUUGAACAGAGCAUUCUCUACACAAACGUGUAUAUAAAUUUUGGUUUUUAUAAACUUAAGAAUAAAAAUUUACAGUUCGUUAUUAGGAUAAACAGCAAGCAUUUCAACUUGCCAAACAUCUUGCUAACUUUGUACAGCACGAUGUAAAAUUGCAAACAAUUUUUAGGGAAAUGAAAAGUGGAUGUUGUAGAAUUUUAUUGUCAACAAAAAAAAAAAAAAAAAAAAGAGUAAA